AGGGAAGAUUAUAACCGUCAGAGCUGUUUAACUUAGGGUUAGCUGAUGAGUUCCGCUGACACUUCCUUUAAUACCUUCUGGCACCAAGGUCUUCAAUGAGAAGAGUUCAGAAAAAGUAGCAGGAGAGGCAGCAUUCACGUGGUUAUGGCCAUCCCCAUCACAGUGCUGGACUGUGAUCUCCUGCUGUACGGCCGGGGUCACCGGACUUUGGACCGUUUUAAGCUGCAUGACGUGUCCGAUGAAGACUUGAUGUCCAUGUAUGGGUUUCCCCGAGAGUUCAUUUAUUACCUGGUGGAGCUCUUGGGGCCCAGUCUUUCUCGACCUACUCAGCGGUCCAGGGCCAUCAGCCCAGAGACACAGAUCCUUGCAGCACUGGGCUUUUAUACCUCAGGCUCCUUCCAGACCCGGAUGGGAGAUGCCAUUGGAAUCAGCCAGGCCUCUAUGAGUCGCUGUGUUGCCAAUGUCACUGAAGCACUUAUGGAAAGAGCCUCCCAGUUCAUUCACUUUCCAGCUGACGAAGCCUCUGUGCAGGCUCUGAAGGAUGAAUUCUAUGGGUUGGCAGGGAUGCCAGGGGUGGUAGGGGUGGUUGACUGCAUCCACGUGGCAAUCAAGGCACCAAAUGCCGAAGACCUCUCCUACGUGAACCACAAAGGUCUGCAUUCUCUAAACUGCCUGAUGGUGUGUGACAUCAGAGGGACGCUGAUGACGGUGGAGACAAACUGGCCUGGCAGCCUACACGACUGUGCUGUGCUGCAGCAGUCCUCCCUAAGUAGUCGGUUUGAAGCUGGGAUGCUCAAGGAUAGUUGGCUUCUUGGUGACAGUUCCUUCUUUCUCCGCACCUGGCUCAUGACCCCACUCCCACUCCCAAAAACCCCCGCGGAAGAUCGCUACAACCUGGCACACUCUGCAACCCACAGUGUGAUGGAGAAAACUCUGCGGACGCUCUGCUCCCGUUUCCGCUGCCUGGACGGGUCCAAGGGGGCGCUGCAGUACUCCCCUGAGAAGUCCAGUCACAUCGUCGUGGCCUGCUGCGUCCUGCACAACAUCUCCCUGGAACACGGCAUGGACGUCUGGUCCUCCCCAGUGGCAGGGCCUGUGCAGCAGCCCUUGGAGGAGGAGUAUGAGCCCAUGGAGUCCCUGGACCUGGAGGCCGACCGCAGCCGCCAGGAGCUCGUGUUGGCGCAUUUCAGCUGAUGGGGAGACUGUUUCCAGGGGGACUGCGACAAGCUUUCCUAUGCACUCCACCUCCACCCAUGGUUCUGUCAGCCACUGGCUGCUGUGUGGAGGCUUCACGAAUCCACACUGCGUCUGUGUUUUAGAAGGGCUGGGGCUGUGCCAGGAGGGCAUGAUUCCAGCCAGGUGGUGGCACACGCCUGUAAUCCCAGCACUCGGGAGGCUGAGGUAGGAGGAUGACUGAGUUCAAGGCCAGCCUGGGCUGCACAGUGAGACCCUGUCUCAGAAAACCAAAAAGCAAAAUUAGGGAAGAUACAGGUUCUUUGCAAAUGGGUUAACUAAUCUAAAACCAAGACAAUGGUUCUCUGCUGUCUGGUGAACUACAGGUCAAUCUCUGCUCAUCUGAAAGGUCACUGGUUGUGAACACAGCUGGGCCUUAAAGCCACAGAAAAGGGGAAAACUGCACUUAGCCAAAACGCUGUUUUGGUUUUGAUGAUCUGGAAAUUGCAAAUGAAAAUAGUACUUGUACUGAAUUAUUGGGGUGGUAGCUUGACUUUGCUGCUUUGCUGACUGUGGACACAAACAUAAAGAACAGAUUUAGCUGGGGAACAGUCUUCUGAUUAAGUAAAUGGCUACUCUUCCAGGUUUGCAGCUCUGCGUGCUUUUUGGGUUGGUUUUGGGUUUUGUAUUUUUGCAUUAAUUGGGGACUGAACCCUGGGCCUUCUCA